AUGGUUGCUGAAUGGAACAUUGAGAAUACAAGGAUUGUCACCGAGUUGUUUGUCAAGCAAGUGAGAGCUGGAAAUAGGCCAAAUACUCACUUGACCUCGAAUGCAUAUGAUGAGGUGGGGAGGGAAUUCAAACUAAUAACAGGGCUGGAGUACAUCAAUGACCAAUUGAAGAACAAAUGGGACAAACUGAGAGGUGAAUACAGCAUAUUCAAGAAACUUAAGUUGAAGGAGACAGGAGCGGGAUGGGACAUAGAGCGUAACACUGUGAAACAAGAUGCGGAGUGGUGGAAGAAGGCAAAGAUAGACAUUCCAGGUUGUUACAAGUUCAGGAAGCAUGGACUUCGCAAUGAAGAGAACUUGCGCAUCAUGUUUGAAGACAUCACAAGUGACGGUUCCGAUCACUGGAAUCCGACUUCUGGCAUCCCUCCUACAUCCACCGCACUAAUAUCAAGUGCCAUAAAUCUUGAGCAAAUAGAAGAUGUUGAUCUGUUGGAGGAUACCCAAGAGACACCAUCUCCUGUUACGCCAAAGGUUAAUAAAAGGCUUGGAAAGAUCAUUUGUGACACAAACAAGAAACCCAAGACCGCACAAGUCAUGCAGGAGCAGAUUACAGUGAUUGGGGACAUUUGUAAGGAAUCACACUCAACAUUUCAGUCGUUCUUUAAGCACGAUGACACCACCUCUGUUGCAUCUGUUAUGAAAGAAGCAAUUCCUUGUGGUGCAAUAGAAGGUAGUGAUGAGCACUUCAUUGCCACUGAGCUUUUCAUCAAAAGAGAGCAAAGGGAGAUAUUUCUAAGCAUGAGUGCUGAAACUCGUUUGGGUUGGCUCAAGAGGAAGUUCAGCGUCAAGUACGGGAACUAG